ACAUUUAAGCAAAUCAAUUUUCCUAUGCAAUAAUAUAAAAACCUCUUGUUUUCUCAUUCAUUUAAACCCCGAGUUCUCUGUUUUCACUCGCUUCAUUUCUCGCUCUUUCUCUCUCUACAAUCUCUCUCUCUCUAAGAAAAGAAGAAGGGAUAUAUAUUAUACGUGGUGGGAUGGCAGCUGACGUCAGUUGUUUGGUAAGAUUGAUGAACGGCGGCGAUGCAAAAGAGUCGUCGUCGCCGGGCAAAUCAACGGCGCCGAUGACUAGGGAUUUGCUUGCUGGGUAUUGUACCCUAGAUUCGAAGGAGUUGGACCUCGAUUUGCAAGUGCCUUCUGGCUGGGAAAAACGCCUCGACCUAAAGUCAGGAAAAGUAUAUCUGCAGAGAUGCAACUCUUCAUCAAACUCUGCCGAAAAGAACAACAACAAAGCCGCCACGGCAGCCAAAUUUCAAGACCUAAACUUCCCACCGGAGCCCAAGCAAACCCUAAACCUCUUCGACGAAGCUUCCUCCCGAGACUUAAAGCUCGUUUCCUUAUUACCAACGUCUAACUCUCCUUCCUACCAAAGCGUUUGCACUCUCGAUAAAGUCAAAUCCGCCCUCGAGAGAGCCGAGAAAGAAACCGUCGUCCGAAAACGCUCCAUAUCAAUCUCGUCCAAUAAGUCGUCACCCCUUCGGUCAAACAACUCCACUUCCUCGUCGGUCAGAGAUACCGAUUUUGAACGCGGGUCCCACGAGGAGGAGAAGUCGUCUUCGGUGGGCCCGUUUGCGGCCGGUUGCCCUAGCUGCCUUUUGUACGUGCUGAUAUCGAAGAGCAACCCUAAGUGCCCUCGUUGCAGUUGCGUUGUCCCGUUUCCUGUGGCUGCUAAAAAACCUCGGAUCGACUUGAAUAUAUCCAUUUGAAAAAAUCGGAAAUGAGAUAUUAAUUAAUGGGUUUUUUUCGUUUUUGUAAAGAUUUAGAGGAUAGGUGCUAUAUGAGGUGAUUAAUUGAAGAAAAUUGGUAUAUAAACGUGUUAAAGGUUUUGUUUUUGUGUUUGUUUGUUGUAGUAUUAACAGUUAAGCAUGCUUUGGUUU